UGAACACCCCGCCUGUACAGAGAAAGGGACGUAGCAGCUAGAGCUUUGCGCUUGCUCAGUUUCUUCAAUGCGCCCAUGAGCCAAAGUCCUGCAGGCAGCUGCACAAAGCUCAGUGUGGUUCAAAUUUCUGGAGUCUGAGAGGCUGUGGAAAGGCUGGACUGCUGUGUGUACUGGUCCUUCCAGAGUUGGCACCACCUGAUAACGGAUAAAGGAGCUAUUGAAGAAGAAUCGGAAAACUGUCUUUGUUUUUUUUUUGUUUUUUUUAGCUUUUUUUAGGAGGUUGGCUGUCAGGAGCCUUGCAAUAAUAACCUGAAGGGAGUAUUGCGUAAUCGCUUCAGGCCACACCUCAACGUGACACUCGGAAGCAAUCUCUCAAGGAGAGACUGAGAGAGGGAGAGGAUUCCACCAACACCUGUCACCUGUCACCUGUCCCGUCACAGAGAGGUCUGUGACAUCAGCCUGCAGGGUGGCGAGAGAGAGCGAGGACGCGAGGCGAGGGGCGCCGGGGAUGAGCGAGUUCUGGCACAAGAUCGGCUGCUGCGUGGUGGCCAAGCCCCCUCCGAAGAAGCGGCGGAGGAAGAUUGACCGCACCAUGAUCGGGGAGCCCACAAACUUCGUCCACCUGACCCACAUAGGCUCCGGAGAGAUGGCAGACGGCAUGACCCCGUCUGGAUCCGUCCAGGAGCAGAUGAGAUCGAAAGUGCCCCAUAGCAAUGGUCGCAACAGCCUGUUAUAGCCAGCUAGACUGGCCUGUGGAGGGUGAAGUGGCAUGUCUCCCUCCACCACAGAGCGGUUUUCUCUGGAGACUGUAGUGAAGAUCCCCACGCAGCACUUGGCAUGCCCACAGAGGAGGAGAGGGAGAUGACGACCACAUGCAGCCUGGCAUCUCAUCUCUCAUGCUCCAGUCGAGUCUGCAGCGCCCAUGUGCCAAUCAUGCCAAACACACAAGGACUGCUUAAAUUACCUACCCCAGGACUUAUUCUCUCUCUUUCCCUGUGGUCCACUUUUCAACAUGAGACCCCCACAUUUUCUCUUUUUAUUAUUAUUUUAAAAGUAACAAUUUAAUGCACCAAAAGGACACUUUUGUAAAGCUUGGUGAAUGUGGCUUGUGUGUGAGAGGGGUGUGUGUGUGUGUGUGAGAGAGAGAGUGUGAGUGUGUGAUUGUGUUUUUAGAGUGUGUCGUCAGUUUUUGUAUACGUAUUGAUACACUGGCUGCUCGCCUCCCUUUGAUGGGCUAGGGCAGGGGUGGGGAACCUAUGUCUCGAGAGCCGUUUAAAGGAAUCUUUGAAAUUGCAUUUACAAUACAAGUAAGUAACUGCCUUCAAUAUAGGCCUAAAGUACAGGGGGGAAAUCCUGGUUUGUGUUCAUAGUGCGGCCCUCGGAGGACUUUUACGGCCCUUGGAGUAAUUUGAAGUGGCCCUUCGAAUAAAAAAGGUUCCCCACCCCCUGGGCUAGGGUGUCCCUGCUGCUGCCCCUGAACAAGCAAAGGCAUGGGCUCUGCUCACCUCCUGGUCAUUUGCUGUGCUCACAUUCACUCAUUUCUGGCAUAAGCAGCAGUUUAGAAUCAUCUACUCCUCCUAUCAGAGGCGUUCCGCCUUCCUAAAUGUUUAAUGACUUCCUUUGUACACUUAAUUUUUUUCUGUAAUCUUAUAGCAGUUUGCCAUUCAAGACUUUUUUUUUUUUUUUAGAAAGAAAGAAAUUCUAAAUAUAGGUUAUUAUAGUAUAAAGGUGACUUUUUUUUUUAUUAAAACAUGUUAAUAUGGAUUGCCACCUGUGUCGUAGUUAUCUUCUUUAGAAUCUCGCGUCAAACAGUGCAAGAUGGUCCUCAUGUGAUGUAUAGGUGAAGAUGUGGGUGUGUGUGAUUUAUCUUCAGUUAAAGUUUAUAGUGUGUGUGUAUGUGUGUCUUGAUUGGAGCUCCCCUCUGUCCUCACUGCCGCAGUUAACACAAAGUAUUGUGAAACUCUAUCUGUUAAGUGUUAUUUAAUUUGACAUUUCUUGCAUGUACAGUACAGCAGAUGUGUUGCUCUAUGCAGCAGCUAUAGACAAGACUGAACACUGGAUAGUCUCGGCCCCAUGUGACCCUUUUCUGAGUAGUAUGGUGUCUGUGUGUACUCUUAUAUUAUCCUCUCAUCCUUUGUCCUCUCCUCUUUCCUUCCCUUCCCUUCUCUCCUGCUCUGUCCUCUUCUCUCUUUCUCUCCUCCUUUGCCCUAUUCUCUCUUCUCCUGUCCUCUUCCCUUCCCUUCUCUGCUCUCAUCUCCUCCCCUCAUCUGUCCUCUUAUCUCCUCCUCCGUCCUCUUCUCUUCUCUUCUCGCUUCUCUCCUCUCCUCCCCUAUUCCUCUGACGUGAGCAUGAAGCAAAGCUUCUCCACUCAUGUAACAACAGUUGCACAGGCCUCAUUCAAUACCAUCUGAUUGAUCACACAUUUUCUUCUAAAGUUACUCCUUGAAUAUUGUACACUUUUGUGUUUCUUUUGUUGUUUAUGCGGCACCUUUUUGUAAUUCAGGCGAUUGGCACCUUUUUUUUAAAUUGUUUGUACCUUCAGUUGUCAGCACAGAAAUUGCAUUUAAUGUCCUAGCUUUUGUCAGUUGUGAUUUGCUAUGUAAUGUGAUCAACAAAACCCCAAUGGCCAUCACAUUAUUUCGUAUGGGCUUUCCAACAGUUCUGUAUCUUUCAAUCAGUUCUUGACACCAAUAGUUCCCCGUGCCCCUUGCCAAAGCUUAACGUGAUAAAGAUUCCAUUUGAGUGAUGAGAGAGGAGUGGAGGCUCUCGCAUAGGCAGAGACUGGGCUUAUUUCAGGAGGCCAAGAAGCGUCUCACAGAGACGGGCUUAUUCACAGACGGGCUUAUUCACAGGGGCACAAGGAGCAUUCCCCAGCUGCCAAACCCAGCUGGUUGUUUGGGAGUUAGUGUCACAAGGGUGCUAUUAACAUGGUUUUAGUGCCUUAAUAGUCUCCCAGUUUCCAAACUGAUAAGAUGUGUGUUGAUUCGACAUCUUGAUGUACUUCCAUGUCUCUGAUUAUUACUGUACUAUGACCUAAUAGAUAUUUUUGUUGUCGUUUAUGUUAAUGGUUCACAAAGCUGUUGGGCUUUUUUUUUUAAAUCUUGGUGAGAGUGUGCUCCAGGCAUACCUGCAUUGCAACCCAGUUCAAGCAGCAGUGAAAGUUAUGUGAUCUGAGCAAUCUUCAAACACAAGCUCUGUCAGAGCAUCGAUUGGUGAAAGAGACCAAUUCAGGUUGGGGGGUAUGAGGGCACUUCCAGGGGUUUCGCAUUGCCAGUCCAGCCGUUGUCUACUUUUACAACCACACGCCUACAACCACGAGUAUUGGAUCAGUACCUCUGUUUCUGUGUAUGUGUGUUGAGCACUCAAAGAGAGUUUGUGGGGUUUGUGACUGAGUGAAAGUGUGAUUUUUUGUUUUGUUUAACCCAUUUGGGUUUAUAUUUUACAUGUGGCUGUAAGCCCUGUUGACUUUUAAAUAAUACACAUUUUUUUCCAAUU